CCCUUAGUUUCCAAACAACCAUCCUUCUCUUAAUAUAACCUAAGAAAAUAGAUGGCAAUCAAAACCAAGACCUCAACCCCUGCAUCUCCUUCUUACGUCGAGUUCGAACCUGCUUGUGAUUUGGUUAAAGAGGAAGGACUUGAAACUUUGAUCAUCCAUCUUCCUGACUUUAAGAAAGAACAAUUGAGGGUGCAAGUUAACAAAGAUGGAGUCCUCAAAAUAAAUGGAGAAAGACCAACAAAUGGAAAUGGAACAAAGAGGAACCGUUUUGUAAAGGAAACUAAAGUUCCAGAGGGCUGUGAUGUAAACGAGAUUCGAGCCAAGUUCAUUAACGGCCGCCUUAAUAUCACAAUGCCAAAGAAAGUAGUUACUACACCACCAACUCCUCAAGUCAUCCAUGAUCAAAAGCCGAAGGCUGAGGUAAUUAAUGAUCAUCAAAAGCCGAAAGCUGAGGCCGCCUCGAUUUCCAAGGAUCAAACGCCAAAGGGUACAACUACAAGUACUAAAAAUGGUAAAAUGGCCGAGACAAGUAGUGGUUAUGAUGAUAAGCCAAAUGGUGAGAAUGGAGGCGUCAAACAAAAGCUACAAGGAAGAAGUAACAAGGUGGCCUUAGGUUUCGGAAUCGCGGUUGUGUCACUGGUAGCAAUUGGAGCUAUUGUGGCUUCUAAAUUUGGGUCUGAUAGCAGUUCUUCUCCUUCUUUGUUUAGUAAGGAGUAAGGAUUAAUGCAAACUAACUAAUCCUGAUUCUUCUAUAUAAACUGUAUGUAAUGUUAACUAAGUGUACAUAAUGAUUUAUAGCUUGAAUAAAAGGAUGGUAGAUAAAUUGAUGAAAUUUCUUCAAUUUUAAUUUUGAUUAUGUACUCAAGUAUUUUAAAUCCAAAGGAUUGGACAUGGUUGUGCAAUUAGCCAAUUAUAUUUAUAUUAUCUAUGGCUCUUUCUAAAACACUGUUGCAACACGGUUGAUUUUAAAAAAAAAAAAAAAAAAAAACCCAAACUCGAAUUCGUAUUAGGACCCAUAUGAAUUUAAUCCGGCACCAAUUUGACCUAACAAGAACCUACCUAGCACUGAUUUAACCCUAACUUGAACUCAAAUCGACACCAUCUUAACCCGACUUGAACUCCCCCUGAUCUGAAAUCGGGCAGAUCUAGAGUCAAUCUGAUCUGACCCAACCUGAUAUUAACCCGCAUGAUCUGAUUUUUAACCAGACACAUACUCUAACCAAACUUAAUUUUAAA